AUGUUGUCAUAUCCUGCAAGGACUAUUCUUCGUAUUGCUGAUCCCUACACUCCAUCGAACCAGGGUGAUUCGGAGCAAUUUUGGAGCGUCAUGGCGUCCGGCCUUGGUUGCACAAUCCGUGCGGCGUCUUGCGCCAUCACUAGGUGGAGUUAUUCGUCGCUGCAGACAAGACUUGCUUCAAGAGAAAAAGAAAUUGGCGCGGGGAUAGAGGUUGAUAUACCCCGUGGCUCCGAAUUUCGCAGAGCAGCAGUGGGCUGGAAGCCGACGGUCGGGAAUCUGACUGUUGCUCUGUACCAAUGGAAUGCCGAUGUGGGACAGAUCGACAUCUUAUUGGAAGAAUAA